UCAUGGAYGACUUGAGACGGCCCAAAUUUCCGCAUGACGCUUCCCCACAGAAGCAGGUGCGAACGGAUGACGAGAAAUGAAUCAAUCGAUAUUAUUUGUCCUAUUAGAAAUGAUUAACUUCGGGCUUCACUUCUAAUGACGGUGAUUAGUUGUUCGGCAGAUGCGAUCCGCGGUCGGUCAUCGCGAUAAUAUAAUAACAUGUUGAAGAUCAAAUUGUCCUUCGCAUUACUGACAGUGGUGUUGGUCAUUGGCAAAAGUUCACAAUUGUCCAUGYUCGACCAAUGUGGUCCUCGUCACACGAACCUAACCCAAGAAUGUGUGGGAAAAUUGAUAUUGGACACUCUGGCUAAAGUCACUGAAGACCCGGAGAAUUUCUUUGGAUCAAACCAAUUUAAUAACGACAGUGGAACGAUAAUGCGAUUUAUCAAACUGAAAUUCGAUAACGAUACAAUGAAUAUCGAUGAACGUUAUGAAAUCGACGAGAGCAGAUCCUGGAAUGCAGGAAAUUUUUGGGAUCAAUUGGUUUACGCAUUUAAAAAACUGACCAAUUACAGUACCGACCACGGAAUUCUGUUGUCCCUGCCGCAAUGGUCGAAAAAAUUCCCACCUGUCACAGUCGUUGAGGAGGACGACGUUUUCCAAAUAGUCAACGAAAGUCGAGGCAAACACCACCCACACAAAAAGUACGCACUGCUGUUCCCAUUGCUGGCGACGUUCAAGUUUCUGGUGAUCAAGACGCUGUUGGUGCCCAUAUUGGUGGCCGUCAUGAUCAUCAAGAAGAUGCUGGUCCUCGGCGUCAUGGCUCUGCCCACCUUAUUGACCAUGUUGCGGUUCUGCCGGAACCCCAACUUCGGGGGCUUUGGCGGCUUCGGCGCCGGUAACCUCGUGGCCACGGGCGCCGUCGGUCCGGUUGGCCAAGCGGCAGCUUUCGCGCCCCUCACGGCCGACAUUUCGGGCGACUACUCUUCGUACGUGCAACAGUCGGCCGCCGCAUCCCAGCACAACGGCGCCUACAAGGACUACUCCAAGAACCUUAUGGACGCCAUGAAGACGACGUACUGACGACGCGGCUGUGAAGCCCACCACUCGCAUUGCAAUAUUGUUGUUGUCUUUGAACACGGUUUUAUAAUAUAGACAAUCCAUCCCCAGUCCCCCACCCACAAUCCUCCAACAUUUUAAGCGCCCAACUACUGAUUAUUCGCAUUAUCUUAUUGAUAGGUACCUAUCUACCUUUUUUACGUUAUCCUCGGCCGGGCGAUUGUAAACUCUCCCGAUUUUAAUGGCAUGUAAACUCUCCCGAUGGUMAACUCUCCCGGGUUUAGUCCAAUACUACCUGACGGGAACAUGUAAACUCUCCCGGGUCUAGUUCAGUACUACCUGAAGAGAACAUGUAAACUCUCCCGGGUCUACUGCAGUACUACUAAGCUAG